UCGCUCCUAUUCGCCAGCGCUCCGUACGUAACCGGGCGGCGCCCCACCCUCUCUCGUGCGCAUGCGCACGGCUCCCCGCGCGGCCGGUGGCGCUCGGCGCAUGCGCGGAGGCGGUGGAGCGAUGGCGGCGCGGAGCGGGGAGGCCGGCCCGGUGCUGCCGCUGUUGCUGCUGCUCUGGCUUUGUGUCUCGCCGCUGCCCGACGGCGUCUGUGGCUCGGAGGCGGUCGGGGCAGCGGAGUCGCCGGGCGUCGCGGGCUCCGGGGAGCGGUUUAAGAUCGAGGGCCGGGCCGUGGUGCCCGGGGUGAAGCCGCAGGACUGGAUCGCCGGGGCCCGGGUGCUGGUGGACGGGGAGGAGCACGUCGGCUUCCUGAAGACAGAUGGAAGUUUUGUGGUUCAUGAUGUACCUUCAGGAUCUUAUGUAGUGGAAGUUAUAUCCCCUGCUCAUAAAUUUGAGCCUGUGCGAGUUGACAUAACUUCAAAAGGCAAAAUGAGAGCAAGGUACGUGAAUUACAUCAAAACCUCUGAAGUUGUCAGGCUGCCGUACCCACUCCAGAUGAAAUCUUCUGGACCUCCUUCCUACUUUAUAAAGAGAGAAUCUUGGGGAUGGACAGAUUUCCUCAUGAACCCUAUGGUGAUGAUGAUGGUUCUUCCAUUACUGAUAUUUGUGCUUUUGCCUAAAGUUGUCAACACCAGUGAUCCUGAUAUGAGACGGGAAAUGGAGCAGUCAAUGAACAUGCUGAAUUCCAACCAUGAGCUGCCUGAUGUCUCUGAAUUCAUGACAAGACUUUUCUCUUCAAAAUCUUCCAGCAAGUCUGGUAGUAGCAGCAGUAAAGCAGGGAAAAGUAGUUCUGGGAAAAGGAGGUAGUUAAGUCUUCCUCCUAAGCCUGAGUUUGCACAACUGUUUGUUAUGUGGUAUGAUGUUUAUUUGUCUUGAAAGAUCAAAAAGCCACUACUGUAAACUGUAAAAUACGGUAUGCUACAACUGUGGUGUGUAGCUUUUUAUAGUCUAUAUAAGCUGUUUUGUACUUGACAGUAAGCAAAAGAGGACAUGGCUUCAAUACUGUAUCUGUAUAAAGUUAUUGAUGAUACUGAAUUAACUAUAUUGUUCUGUAGAGAAUUAUUGUAAAUUAUAUGAUGUACUAAACAGUAAUGAAUGUCUUAAUCAUAAGACAAUGUAUAAAAAAAUUUUGAAGAUAAUAGAAGUGGAGUUCAGUCUUAAGAUGGCUUUACUGUUUUAUACUUGCUGAUGAGUUCUGAAAUGAUCAAAUCCUCCUUUCAAAAUGGAGUCGUGGGUUUACUAAGUAAUUUGCUGUAUCAGCUUGUCAUAUGUGAUACAUAUAAAAUAUUUCUCCAUUAUUUGCUGCCUGUACACAUUAGUUCAAGGACUUUCCACUUUUAUUGCCCUGUUUUAUUCUGAUCUACUUUCUACUUUUUGGGGGAGGGGGAAAGGAAGGCAUCCUGCAUCAGAAAGUCUUUUAAGCUCUGUCAAGUUAAUUACAAAUCCAAGGUAUCUAUAUAACAUGAUGAAUGUUUAUCUUGGAUCUUUCCUUUCUAAAUCACAUGUAUCACUUCUGCAACACUUUUUGUUCUUACUGUUUUCUGUGUGCUGUGCAUUCAUUUUAUCAGUGUAUGAUUUGAGGCCAAAUACAGAGCAAAAUUUUAAAAAUGAAAGAAAAAACCUAAAAGUGUAGUAGGAAGGUAAAUCCCACCCAUCUUUUAAAUUAUGUUCCAAAGUAAAUGGCUAUCUUUAGGUAUGUUUAGUCACUGGCAAAAUGUUAUUCUUUGAGCAUGUGUGUUUGUACUGCAAUAGCUUUUCAAGCUACCCAGUAACUUCAGAGAAAAGUUGAAACAAUUGUUGUUUCCCACUAGAUGAAUAUUUGCAAAUUAAAAUGGCAGCAGAUCCUCCAAAUCCCAUUAGCAACUGUCUGUAAGUAAUAUCUUUUUUUUUUUGCAUAAAUGCUGUUCUUUUCUAUUUUUACAGUUGCUAACUUAAGUAACAGUACCCAUUCAGUAUGGGUAAUGUAUACCUGAUUCCAAAAAUGGUAUUUAACAUUCACCUAAAGUACACCUGAAGCAAAAUUAAUUCUAAUGCAUUUAUUUGUUCUACCAAACACUUAGGAGGGCUAUAAAUUAUCUUAGAAUACAUACUCAGAAGUAUGCUGUGAAACAUUAAACCUGCAAAAGAAAAAGGACUCAUUCAUAGGAUUAAGUCAACUUUUAAGAUGUUGGAGAAGAAAUAAAUAAUUUUUUUGUUUGAACAAUGAAAGAUUCAGUCUUUGCAAAGUAAGCUGCACUUUUUUGGUCUUGUUUUUGUUUUGUAUACUGACUAAAAUAUAUCCAAUAGACACAAGGAUAUUUGGGUGUUCUUGCUGGAAGGAAUUACUGAAAUGAGUGUCAUGUUGCCUUUUAAGAAAAAAAAUAAAAUCCAAACACUUCUUUAUCAGCAGCAUCUUACUGAAGAAUUCAUAAGAAAAAUAGGGAGCAGUUCUUUGAAGGUGGAGCAAUUAGCUUUGUUACUAUGCUGUCCUGGAAAGUACAAGCCAUGAGUUACUUUUGUUUAACAGUAAUUGGAAUGAUAAUUAAAUAGCAUUAACUUUUUCUAAUCCCAGUUUUUUAGGUAAUUAAUCAUAAUGAUGCAUUCUUCCUUAUUGGAAAGGUAAGAACAGCAAUAUUUCUGCCUUCUUUCCUUGUGUCUGUUCACGGUCUUGAUCUGUGUGUAAGGGAGAAUGAGGACUUCAGGUCAUGAAAAAAUGAAAGUCUUUGUUAAGAAUUUAGAGUAAAAAACUUGACGGGAAUUGUAAGGAUGCUAAUAAAUCUUUGGAGGGAGCAUAUGGAAUAGUCAAAAGUUCUUUUUUUUGUAUAACUGAUGUAUCAAGGUCCAGGCAAUUUCUUUGUCAUCAGGGUCAGAUGCAGUGUACCUCUCCCCUGCCUUCCUCAAUGCAAACUGCCCCACCCCCAGAAACCUGUUAUCUGAACAAUCCAAGCCCCAAAAUCUUGUUGCCUAAUGUUAAUCCCCUGUGAUAAAGUGAUUUGUAGAAGGGUAUUGGUCUGCUGCUGAGCUAAUACUAGUUACGAUGGUACCAGCUUGUUUGUUUUUUUUAAAUUUAGAGCUGGAAUCUAUGUGUUUCAAGUGAGAAAAGACGUUCUAGCCAGAGUGCCUUGGUCACUUGAAGUGGUAACAUGGUCUUGGGCUAUCAUAAAUGCCACUAGGCAAAGCCUAUUCGAUAGCUUUCCUGUUGCAGUUACUAAUAUAAUGCAAGCUUGUCUUUCUGCAGAAAAUAAAUGUUUGCUAUAGUUCAGUUUUAA